UCUGUGCUGUGUGAUCAUUAUCCGCCGCCGAGCGUAGCAGCCGUAUACCUACCUAUGUAGGAUGCACACUAUCUAUUUCCCGUGCGGAGAAGAAGCAUCUAUCGGACCGGGAUGUUCGAAGAAGGUGAAUGGAAGCUUUGCCGAGUAUAUGUAUAGGUAGGUAGGUAGGUAGGUAUCAUAGCCAAAGAGCUGGGGUAAUGAUAAGCACCUUGUUUCUCAACCCCGAUUUGCCAAUGACAGCAACUUGCUUUAUCUUGGAUAUCACAUAUCAGCCCUGUGACGAAAUUCAGUUAGUACCAACAAAUAAACUCCAAUGAUACCAGCCAUCAUUGUCUUGGAACAAGAUUUAUAUGGUUGUUUUUCUAAGAUUCAGAUAUAUCAAGGGGUUUCCGCUAAUGUAGAUGGUCGCACAAGCACUCCUUAAAUUCCUCUCAACGCGACCAUAGCGAUGGAUUCCUUCACCUUUCGACAGCGAGGCCAUGCUAUUAAGGAGAAGACACAGGCUCGACUGACGGACUGGCAUAGCUGGAAAUUGCCCAAGCAGACCAGCAGUAUUGCCCCGGCUCAUAUAUGGACGAAUGCCGACCAAGAUCCGGUCCCAGAGGAGAAGCAGACUUGGACCAAGUGGGCGUUCAUUGGCUAUUGGUACUCGGACUUGGUGACUGUGUCGACAUGGACUGCUGCCAGUGCUAUAAUGACAACCGGCUUGACGGCUACUGAUGCUGUUCUUAUCGUUCUUGUUGCGGCUAUAUGCAAUGCGAUCCCAACGGUCUUAAAUGGUGCCAUCGGCGCUGACUUGCACAUCCCGUUCCCUAUUGCUUGCCGAGCUAGCUACGGUUACUGGCUAAGUUACUUCUGCGUCGUGACGAGGGCUAUAAUAGCACUCUUCUGGUUCGGCGUCCAGAGUGCCAACGGAGGGACCUGUGUGACCGCUAUCAUCACCGCCAUCUGGCCGAGUUACGCGAGACUCCCUAACGCACUACCCAAGUCGGCGGGUACCACGAGCCAGGGGCUGCUGAGCUACUUCAUAUACUGGUGUAUCCAGUUCCCCUUACUCAUGAUCCCGUCGCACAAGCUGCAGCAUCUGUUCUGGGUCAAGACGGUAUUAGUCACGCCGAUGGCACUGGCGAUGGUUAUCUGGAUCACCGUAGUAGCCGGCGGUCAGGGCGAUUUCUUCUACGCGCCGGCUACGGUGUCUGGGUCUACUCGAGCAUGGCUAUGGCUAUCGAAUCUAACCAGCGUAACAGGCGGCUACUCCACCCUCGCAGUCAACAUCCCCGACUUCUCACGCUUCAGCAAGACGCGCGGCGCACAGCUCUGGCAACUCCCCUUCAUCCCCAUCUUCAAAACCCUCGUCGGCCUCUUCGGCAUCAUCUCCGCCAGCGCCUCGAAAAAGGUAUACGGGACCGUGUACUGGUCCCCGCUGGAAAUCAUCGGCCAGUGGCAAGGUUCGCCAGGCGGGAGGGCAGCGGCCUUCUUCGCCGCGGCGAUCUGGCUGCUCGCGCAGAUCUCGGUGAACAUCAGCGCGAACGGCAUCUCCUUCGCCAACGACGUCACGUCCCUCGCGCCCAAGUGGUUCAAUAUCCGCCGAGGCGUGGUGCUGGUCUCGUUGCUGGGCGGCUGGGCUUUGUGUCCGUGGAUUAUCAUCUCGUCGGCUGCGGCUUUCUUGAAUUUCAUGAGCGCGUACGCGAUUUUUAUGGCGCCGAUUGCGGGCGUUCUGGCCUGUGAUUAUUGGGCUGUUAAGAAGCGGCGAUACGACGUCCCGGCUCUGUACGAUCCUGACGGCAUAUACCGGUAUAAUAAAUGGGGUGUCAACUGGCGCGCUCUGAUCCCGACGCUGGCUGUUAUUGUGCCGCUUCUCCCGGCUUUGGCGAAGAAGGUUACGCCGCAGAACGUGGAUGUUAGUCAGGGGCUCGUGAACCUGUUUACGUUUAACUGGCUGUAUGGGUUCUUCGUGUCAGUUGUUAUGUACUACGCUCUGAACUACUUCUUCCCGCACGAGACUACGUUGAUACCGAAUAUGAUACCUGGAGUUGUUCCGGUUCUACACGCGGUAGAUGCGGAUGUGGAAAGCGGUUCGGCUCAGGAUGAGAAGAUGAGGGGGGAGGUGAAAGCAGAGCAGGCCUAG